AUGUUUGCAAAAAGAGCGCCACAGAGUGUGGUGAAUGAUAUGAAUAAUAAGGAGAAAGAAACGGGUAUGCUUGAUGUUGGUACACACUGUCAGUAUUGCCGUCAACUUGACUUUCUACCGUUUCACUGUAAGCUAUGUGAUGGAGAUUUUUGUUCGGAGCAUAGGUCCAAGGAAUCACACCAUUGUAAAUGGCUAUUAGACCAUCCUGAAGAAUUAGAGAACAAUGGGGCAAGAAGCCCUCCUUCAUCCUCCAAAUCGAAUGGGGGUAAGUUCUUUCAAAGUUUAUUACCUGAGAAGGCCCAUAUAAGGGUCAAAUCACCAUCGCCAAGUUCAACGACUUCACAAUCACCAGUGAAGUUAGGCUCAAGCGGUGUAACAACAAAGAAUAAGCCUUCUGAGACAACCAAGAUACGAUCAACUCUAAAUCCAGCAGCAUUGAACAAGCUUCUGAAUUUCUUUAAGAGAACAAAAUCCGACCCAAAAACAAAGAAAAAGGUAUCAACUAGUUCCAACAGAUUAGUAGAACUCUCUACUCUAAAGAAAACCGCUAAAGGUGACUCUAAGAUACCUGUGCAAAACAGGAUUUAUAUUUAUUGCCAAGUAAUAUUGGGUGAGGAUGAAACGAGUGAUACCCUAGGCUUGACUAAAGUACCAUUAUAUAUCAAUAAGAUUUGGCCCGUUGGCAGAGCACUUGAUUAUCUAUCCCAGCAACUCCAUGUCACGAAUGUAAAUGGGAACGUGGACACAACUAAAGGCGAGAAGUUAUUUUUGUACAAAUACGAUGAGAAGCUUAAUGAAUACGUUGGGAUUGAAACCUCCGGAAGGGUCAACGUUUUAGUAAAGGACUUAGAUACUUUGUAUUUGGUCAGAGGCCAAAUAUAG